UGGCGGCGGCAACGGCAGCUUGCAGCCUCUCUGGAGAGACGGAGGCUGGGCUGGGGUUACAGUCCAAAGUUUUCCUACCAGGAUUUGCCCACCCCACCUCCUCUCUGGAUACGUCCUCGCCUUGUCCUCUUUGCCAGGACGUCUGCAGGUGGUGGGACAGAAAAUAUCGAGGCAUAAGAUGAAGCUGUGACAGAUGGGGACGCCGAGACCUAGAGGGGUAACUUUUUCAAGAUUGCAUAGAAGAGUCAGGAUUUGAAUAUAGUUCUUCUGACUGUUUGAAAGCACAAUGGCAGGAAACAGCCUUGUUCUACCCAUCGUUCUUUGGGGUCGCAAAGCACCAACCCACUGCAUCUCAGCAGUACUUUUAACAGAUGAUGGGGCCACGAUCGUGACUGGAUGCCAUGAUGGGCAAAUAUGUCUCUGGGAUCUUUCAGUAGACUUGGAAGUUAAUCCUCGAGCACUGUUGUUUGGUCACACAGCUUCAAUCACCUGUUUAUCUAAAGCUUGUGCUUCUAGUGACAAACAGUAUAUUGUGAGCGCAUCUGAGAGUGGAGAGAUGUGCCUCUGGGACGUGAAUGAUGGCAGAUGUAUUGAAUUUACAAAAUUAGCUUGUACACACACGGGCAUACAGUUCUACCAGUUCUCUGUUGGAAAUCAGAGAGAAGGAAGGCUUCUAUGCCAUGGCCAUUAUCCCGAAAUCCUCGUGGUGGAUGCCACCAGCCUUGAGGUGUUGUACUCCUUAGUAUCAAAGAUUUCUCCAGAUUGGAUUAGCUCCAUGAGUAUUAUUCGAUCCCACCGAACACAAGAGGACACCGUGGUGGCGCUCUCAGUGACAGGCAUCUUGAAGGUGUGGAUUGUUACCUCGGAAAUAAGUGGCCUGCAGGAUACUGAGCCAAUAUUUGAAGAGGAAUCCAAACCAAUUUAUUGUCAGAAUUGCCAAAGCAUCUCUUUUUGUGCAUUCACACAGAGGUCGCUUCUGGUUGUGUGCUCCAAGUAUUGGAGGGUAUUUGAUGCUGGGGACUACUCCCUGUUGUGCUCGGGUCCGAGUGAAAAUGGACAGACAUGGACUGGAGGUGACUUUGUCUCGGCAGAUAAAGUCAUCAUUUGGACUGAAAAUGGGCAAAGUUAUAUUUACAAACUACCUGCCAGUUGCCUUCCAGCUAGUGAUUCAUUCCGCAGUGAUGUGGGGAAAGCAGUUGAAAAUUUAGUUCCUCCGGUACAACAUAGCCUCUUGGAUCGAACAGAUAAAGAGUUGCUAAUUUGUCCUCCUGUUACUCGGUUCUUCUAUGGAUGUAAGGAAUACUUCCACAAACUAUUGAUUCAGGGUGAUUCUUCUGGAAGAUUGAAUAUUUGGAACAUAUCAGACACACCUGAUAAACAGGAAGGUACAGGAGAGCUGGAAAUGACAACUUCUGUUAGUUUGCAAGAGGCAUUUGAUAAACUGAAUCCUUGUCCUGCCGGAAUUAUCGAUCAGCUGAGUGUCAUUCCCAAUAGUAAUGAACCUCUUAAGGUGACCGCAAGUGUGUACAUACCAGCCCACGGGCGACUCGUUUGUGGCCGUGAAGAUGGAAGCAUCGUUAUUGUACCUGCCACGCAGACAGCCAUAGUGCAGCUGCUGCAAGGGGAGCACAUGCUGCGCAGAGGUUGGCCACCUCACAGGACACUCCGUGGUCAUCGGAACAAAGUCACAUGUUUGUUGUAUCCGCAUCAGGUCUCAGCUCGUUAUGAUCAAAGAUAUCUAAUAUCUGGAGGCGUGGAUUUUUCGGUCAUAAUUUGGGACAUUUUUUCUGGAGAAAUGAAACACAUCUUCUGUGUCCAUGGUGGUGAGAUUACUCAGCUUCUGGUUCCACCUGAAAACUGCAGUGCAAGAGUGCAGCACUGCAUCUGCUCUGUAGCCAGUGACCACUCAGUAGGGCUCCUAAGUUUGCGAGAGAAAAAAUGCAUUAUGCUGGCAUCUCGUCAUCUUUUCCCCAUUCAAGUAAUCAAGUGGAGGCCUUCUGACGAUUACCUAGUAGUGGGAUGUUCAGACGGCUCCGUGUAUGUCUGGCAAAUGGAUACCGGCGCACUGGACCGGUGUGUGAUGGGGAUCACAGCGGUAGAGAUACUGAAUGCUUGUGAUGAAGCAGCUCCUGCUGCCGUUGACUCACUUAGCCACCCAGCAGUCAACUUAAAACAAGCUAUGACACGACGCAGUCUUGCUGCUCUUAAAAACAUGGCCCAUCAUAAGCUACAAACUCUUGCAACUAACCUCUUGGCUUCGGAGGCAUCUGACAAAGGAAAUUUACCUAAAUAUUCUCAUAACUCCCUGAUGGUUCAAGCAAUAAAGACAAACCUAACAGACCCGGACAUACACGUGCUUUUCUUUGAUGUGGAAGCGUUGAUUAUUCAACUCCUGACUGAAGAAGCCUCUAGGCCGAAUACUGCGCUUAUUUCCCCAGAGAAUCUGCAAAAAGCAUCUGGCGGUUCAGACAAAGGGGGCUCUUUUCUAACUGGAAAACGAGCAGCAGUUCUCUUCCAACAAGUGAAAGAAACUAUCAAAGAGAACAUAAAGGAACAUCUCCUUGAUGAUGAAGAGGAGGAUGAGGAGAUAAUGAGACAGAGGCGGGAAGAAAGUGAUCCUGAAUAUCGGGCCAGCAAAUCUAAGCCACUGACCCUGUUAGAAUAUAAUCUGACUAUGGACACCGCAAAAUUGUUCAUGUCCUGCCUUCAUGCCUGGGGUUUGAACGAUGUUCUGGAUGAAGUCUGUCUUGAUCGCCUUGGAAUGCUGAAACCCCACUGCACAGUAUCGUUUGGCCUCUUAUCGAGAGGGGGUCAUAUGUCACUGAUGCUUCCUGGUUAUAAUCAGGCUGCUUGUAAACUAUCACACGGGAAAGCAGAAGUGGGAAGGAAGCUGCUGGCAACGGAGGGAGUAGGAAAGGGAACUUACGGAGUGUCCCGGGCCGUCACCACACAACAUCUCCUGUCUAUCAUAUCUUUGGCAAAUACCUUAAUGAGUAUGACCAAUGCAACUUUUAUUGGUGAUCAUAUGAAGAAGGGCCCUACCAGGCCACCUAGACCAGGCACCCCAGACCUUUCUAAGGCAAGGGGUUCUCCUCCAACUUCCAGUAAUAUUGUGCAAGGACAGAUUAAACAAGGAUGGAGUCAGUUGGCUGCGAUGCAUUGUGUUAUGCUGCCAGACCUGCUGGGAUUGGACAAAUUUAGGCCCCCGCUUCUAGAGAUGCUGGCUCGGAGGUGGCAAGACCGAUGCUUGGAGGUCAGAGAAGCCGCACAGGCCCUGCUUCUAGCAGAACUGAGAAGAAUUGAGCAGGCAGGACGGAAGGAGGCCAUUGAUACCUGGGCUCCUUACUUACCUCAGUACAUGGACCACGUCAUAUCACCUGGGGUCUCAGCAGAAGCCAUGCAGACUAUUACCACUGCUCCUGAUGCCUCAGGGCCAGAAGCCAAAGUCCAAGAGGAAGAGCACGACCUUGUGGAUGAUGACAUCACCACUGGUUGCUUAUCAAGUGUCCCACAAAUGAAAAAAAUUUCCACAUCUUAUGAGGAAAGACGGAAGCAAGCUACUGCUAUUGUUUUACUAGGAGUAAUAGGAGCUGAAUUUGGUGCAGAAAUUGAACCUCCUAAACUGCUGACCAGACCUCGAAGCUCUAGUCAAAUUCCUGAGGGAUUUGGUUUGACUAGUGGUGGAUCCAACUACUCACUGGCCAGACAUACUUGUAAGGCACUGACAUUUCUUCUGCUGCAGCCACCAAGCCCCAAACUUCCUCCACACAGUACGAUCCGAAGAACAGCCAUUGAUCUGAUUGGACGUGGUUUCACAGUUUGGGAGCCUUACAUGGAUGUGUCUGCUGUCCUGAUGGGGCUUCUUGAACUUUGUGCUGAUGCCGAGAAACAACUUGCCAACAUCACAAUGGGGCUGCCUCUGAGCCCUGCAGCUGACUCUGCCCGCUCCUCGAGGCAUGCCCUAUCUCUCAUUGCCACGGCCAGACCACCCGCCUUCAUCACGACUAUAGCCAAAGAGGUGCACAGACAUACUGCUCUUGCAGCCAAUACCCAAUCCCAGCAGAAUAUGCACACCACAACUCUUGCCCGAGCUAAAGGGGAAAUUCUGAGAGUCAUUGAAAUUCUUAUUGAAAAGAUGCCCACGGAUGUCGUGGAUCUUCUCGUGGAGGUUAUGGACAUCAUUAUGUACUGCCUUGAAGGAUCUUUAGUUAAAAAGAAAGGUCUUCAGGAAUGUUUCCCAGCCAUCUGCAGGUUCUACAUGGUCAGCUAUUAUGAGCGGAAUCACAGAAUAGCAGUUGGAGCUCGCCAUGGUUCAGUGGCCCUGUACGACAUCCGGACUGGAAAGUGUCAGACAAUCCAUGGUCACAAGGGACCCAUCACUGCUGUGGCCUUUGCUCCUGAUGGACGAUAUCUUGCCACCUACUCAAACACAGACAGCCACAUUUCCUUCUGGCAGAUGAACACCUCCCUGUUGGGGAGCAUCGGCAUGCUGAACUCGGCACCUCAGCUGCGCUGUAUUAAGACCUACCAGGUGCCCCCCGUGCAGCCGGCGUCCCCCGGCUCCCACAACGCCCUCAGGCUGGCCCGGCUCAUCUGGACCUCCAACCGCAACGUCAUCCUCAUGGCCCACGACGGCAGGGAGCACCGCUUCAUGGUCUAGGGCUCGUGUCUGCGUCCCCGUUCUCCCAGGUCUCCAAGCCCAGAGUCCCGUCCUUCCUCAGUGCCCACCCCCGCCGGGGUCAUGGGGGGCACAGCCGGGUCUGUGUCCCUCCGCAUGGUCCCCGGGGGCAGACUCCUGCUCGUGCCACCUAUUGACUGAGGCAUGCACACAUCGCUCCGCAGGAAGUGGCCGUCCCGUCCCCAGGUCAUUUCUCACCGCCGCAGAGGGAGGGGCGGCCAGCAGUCCCGUUGCUCGGUGCACCAGAAGCCCAGAAAUCAAUAACCACUGUGAUUGCACUGCCAGCCCAGAUCAGCAGUUUCCUCAGGCUGAACCCCACCUCUGAAUGCUCCUGGAAGCUGAUUGUUCUGACAUUGGGUUUUGAGGUCAUGUGGCAGUCCUAAUUAUCGAUACUAUUUUCCUUUGGAUUUCCUAAAACGUGCUAUUGUUUACCAGAAAGAUUCUGUGUUUACGUGGGGUUUUUUCCUCCAGGAGAUUGCUAGGCAAUUACUCAAUCCAAUUUCCUAGGGUUUAGCCACUACCUUCUUUAUUAACACCUAACUGAUUGGAGAUUAAUGAGAAACACACACACACACACACACAAAUUUUCCUUGUGGAGACUACAGUUUCCCAGACACCUAGCCUUCUAAAAGGCUCAUAUCCCGCUUAAGUGAUACUCUAUUUAGUAGCUCAAAAUGAAAAUGAUCACUACUUGUGAUCUAGUUAAGAUAAUCACUAUAAUCUCUUAAAUGGACUUUUGCAAUAAAGAACCCAGUUUGAAAGCAUAGCGUAUACCUGAAAAGAAGGUUCUUUGGCUGCAGAUCUUUUUAAGAAAGCGCUUACCCCUUCCUUACAGAAACUUCACAGACCUGCAGUUCCCGUAAGUCAGCUAUCAUGUAAUAGCUACCAUUCAGCCUUCAAACUACUACUGAUCAGUUAAAGGAAAGCUUAGACAGCAUUUCUUUUAAACAAGUAUCCUAGAAAGUUAUUAACUAUGGCACAAGCAUUCAGGGGCAUACAGUCAUCCUCAGUAGCCGCAGAGGAUUGGUUCCGGGACCCCCGAGGGUACCAAAAUUCACAUAUACUCAAGUCCCUGCUAAAGUGGCAGAGUACACGGAGGGCUGGCUGUGUAUACAGAUGUGGAGGCUCUCAAUCUUUCCGAAUCUAUCCGAGCAUUGCAGUAGGGUGUUCAUCACAGUUCCAAGUAAGCUUUAACUAGGUCACUUUCUUCUCCUUAUGUCAGAUUAUGCUGGUUCUUGCUCACAGUAAUGGGAAAAAAAAAUCUGUAAAAUAAUAUUUCGGAUGACUCGCUCCUAAUAAACCUUGCUCUGUAUAUAGUUGGGGAUUUGGUUGGUUGGUUGGUUGUUGAUUGGUUGGUUAAUUGGGCAAAAUGGUUUAUUAAAUACAAAAAUAGAAAAAGAUUUAUUAAAUUCAGAAAAAAUACGUGAAGUUUACAAAGCAACCAAAAUGAUAACGGGAGUGUCUAAUUUAAAAAGCGUAGAUUGUCAGAGUUUAUAUAAUAUACAAAAAAAGCAGGAUCACAGUCCAGGAACAAAUACAUCUGUUAUUUUAUUGAAACAGAUUUCCAAAGAACAUGUUAGGAAAUUAAGACCACUGGAACAUCUCUUUCAUAUCGACAUGAAGUUUGUCAUCUCUAGUGAUGGCAAACCCAUCCUAUACCUUGGUUUUAGACUUCAGGUAUUCUUAAAAAGUGAAUUUAUGCCAUAUGCAUGUACAUUGUAUUUAUAAAGAUUAUAUAUGUAGCUUCCCAGGAAGAAACUCAGAACCAUACAGCGUAGACUUGCUUUGUUUGGUGAACAUGCUGUUGUGCCCGAUAUAGAUAGAGAAACCUGAGGAGAACAAGAGGUGCUCUCAGAUUUUCCAGUGGUUUCCCGAGUCUUCAGUGCGAAUACCUAGCAUGUGUUCACUUUACGAACUGAAAUGGGGAUUAAUUUAUUCUAGACUACAAAGCUGCUUUGGAAUGAUGAAGUGUAAAAGUAUACCUUAGAGAUUUUUUUUUUUUUUAAACAGAAUGUUCAGGGCAUCCAGAGGAAGGUGUGAGGCUGUGGGCAGGCCACCCCAAAGCAUGGCCGGCACACCCCAUGGAGGGUUAGAACAAAGCUGUAAGGGCCCUAGGAGCCAAAUACCUGGGCAGUGGGCCUCGGCCCACUGGCCACACAGCCUGGCUGCACAGACAGCCAAAACUGUUGGCCCCUAGAACAUUCCAAUUGUAAAACUCUGGGGUGGAUGGUAUCUGAUGGUGAGACAGACACCUCUAACUGCUAAACCAACAUCUGCAUUCUUGUUCACACCAAUCUCUCCUUGGCUGUUUUGACAACCACAGUUGCAAACUUCAUCACAGCUCAGAUUUUCUCGGCACUGAGGUAAACUUUACCUUGUCAUCCCAGUGUAUGCUUUUGGUGUCUUAUUGAUCUUGUUGGCACUGUAUUUGGACCUGUCCUUGUAAAUGUAGAGACAUAUGUGGCUUCAUUGGUAAUUUACAAGUGAAAGAUGAUGUGAUACCUGUAUGAAAAUGUAAUGAUUGAACUCCCUGUGUACAGCACGUGACGUAAGCUGUCUGCCCUCAAGGCAUUUCUUGAUGACUCCACUUAACAGAUUCUAUAUGUGCUGAAUGUCCCUGUGUACUUACGUGUGUGAAAUAAAACUGAAUUGUACUGAAGAUUGUUUUUCUCAUUAAAAACAUUGUUCACUCUGAAA